UACGGAAACCUGCGCUUCCACUUCACCAUGGGUGGUGGAGGCUGUGAUCCUGGAGAGUCCAGCAAGAAUAACGUGAUCGUCUUCGGCCGCUCGGAGGGCAGGAAGGAGCACGUGCUGCUGGAUGUCCUGCCAUACUCCGCCUACAGGACCCCUGCAGUGGUGUCCAUCAGUCUGCCCACUGAGCUGCAGACUCCACACACUCAGUUCUGUCUGGAGCAGGAGACUCACGCCGGACAGAACCGGCAGGUGUGGGCGCUGGACUUCCUGCAGCUCUUACCUGUGCAGCCUGGAGCGAACACACACCUGCUGCAGUUCUCCAUUAACCUGGGCUGCGGAGCGUACCAGCCGGCCAACAGUGUCAAACUGGAGUUCUCCACCAAUCAGGGCCGCUCCUGGGCUCUCCUGCACACCGAGUGUCUUCCGGAGGUGUGUUCUGGAGCCCACCUUCCCCACAGCAGCAUCUACUCCUCCGAGAACUACAGCGGCUGGUCCCGGAUCAGCAUCCCUCUGCCCAACGCCGCGCUGACGGAGAGUACACGCUUCCGCUGGAGGCAGAGCGCUGCGGGGACCGGGAACAUGUGGGCCAUCGACAACGUGUACAUCGGGCCGUCCUGCCUGCGGUUCUGCUCCGGCAGAGGACAUUGCUCCCGCACUGGCUGCCGGUGUGACCCGGGCUUCAGUGGCCCGGCGUGUGAGCUGGCGUCGCAGGCGUUCCCGGCGUUCCUGUCGGAGAGUUUCUCCAGCGCACGUCUCUCCUCAUACCACUGCUUCAGCUCGCUGCGCGGCGCCGAGGUCAGCUUCGCCUGCGGGGUUCUGGCCAGCGGGAAAGCCCUGGUGUUCAACAGAGACAGCAGGAGACACCUCAUCACCACUGCACUGGACAGCUCACAGGCCAGACUGAAAUGA